AUCUUGAUGCCCUCUGGUCUCAAUCCCCUCAUCCCUCCAUCUUUUCAUUUUCUAUCCCUCGCUCUCUCAGGAACCCUCAUAUACAGACCAGCAGGGAGAUCAUAGAGAGAGAUCAUGCUGUCUGUUCUGGCAUUGACGUCUGUGGUGCUCUUGGGUAUAGCCUCUCAGUGCACAGCUAUAUCUGUGUACACAAACUGGGAGAAACAUGCGCUGCUGGGAUCAGAUGUUCGACUCUCCUGCUCUUUCUUCUCCUGGCAUUGGACCUCUUCAGAAGUGACCUUCUCCUGGAGCUACCGUGCAGAUGGGGCUAAAGAAAGCAUUGCAAUUUUCCACUACACAAACGGUGCUCCCUAUAUUGCUACCAAAGGCCCGUUCAAGGACCGCCUUGAUUUUGUGGGGAACCCCAAUCGGCGUGAUGGUUCUAUUAUGAUCCGGAACGUUGACUUCAAUGACAAUGGAACCUUCAGCUGUGAUGCCAAGAACCCACCUGACAUAAUGGGCCAUCCGUCCAACGUUCGACUGCUAGUCUUUGAAAAAGUUCCUGUUCAGGCCGGCGUGAUAACAGGGGCCAUAAUUGGUGUAGUGUUGGGAGUGCUGAUCCUGGUUGUGGCAAUUUACUAUCUGAUGCGUUUCCUGGUCGCAAGACGAGUGUUCAGCUUGAGCAUGAGCAGACAUGGCAAGAAAGGCAAAGGAAAAGAAGGAUCACAGCAAAGACAGGCUUCGGCUGUGAUGGAUCCGGCCAAGCUGAAGGCUGCAGCAUCCGAGAAGAAGAAACAGGAGUCGCGCAAGGAUAAGAAAUAGGGGUUAUGGAGCAGAGAGCUAGAGCUCCUGAGUGGGGUCGCCUCCACCCAGACCCAAACCCAGGAAGAGGCAGCGGGGGUGGGCAGUCAGAGCAGGGUUCUUAUGACCAUUGAGCUGGAGCUCACUAAACAGGAGAGAGAGGGAGAACAAACAAAAACGGGCCCCGCCGCAUUCUUUUCUCGACUCUCACGCAAAAUCGCUCUCAAGUGAGAGAGGGGGUAUGUCAAGAAGGGGUGGUGGAGAGUUUUCGGAGGCGAAGUUUGUGAGAUUAAUCCAAUAAACAGGAGGACAGGAGAGGGGUGAAGUGUUUCCCAUUUCUAAUAAAGAAGAAGUAGUUUCUUACGAUUCAAACGGCUUCCUAAUCAGGUGCGACAACAUCAUUGCUUAAUUGGCCAAAACUGUCUAAAAAUUUUAAUUUUGACAAAGACAAAGUUUGUUGCUCAUUUGGUUUCUUUCUUUGUCUCAUUGAGCAGGGUCAAAAAUCUCACCAUUUUGAAAACUCGCUGCACUGUUAAAAUGAUUUGUUGUUUUAACUUAAAAAAUUCAGUUAGCCGGCUGACUUAACAUUUUCAGUUAAUUCAACUUGAAAAUAUUAGAUAACAUCUCAAAUUCACAUAACAACUAAUGUUUUUACGUUGAAUUAACGAAGAAUUCCGCCAGGUAACUUUAUUUCUUAAGUUGAAACAACAAUUCAAUUUAUACAGUACAAGUCUGUUUUGAUUUAGUUGUUUUUGUUAAAAAGCUUGUCACUUCAAAGAUGAUACAUCACACCUGGUUAGGACACAGUUUCAGUAAGCUGAUAAAAAACACCUCAACAGCAUCACAUAUUUACAAGAAAACCCAUAUGAGAACCCUUACUAUACACACACACACACAAACUCUGACAGAUGUGUUUGCGAGAGCUGUAAAACUAGCAGAAUGCUGUAAGCUUUUAUCUUGUAAGUGACAGACUGUUUUGCCAUCACUCCCUCUCUCUCUAUCUUUUUACAGCUCUCACAGUGCACUCAUGCCGUAUAAAGCACAAACAUAAAAUUUGAGUUACACAUUUUUCACACUUUGUACUGAAAAGUUAUUUUGGAAACAUCAUAUUAACUGUCUUUUUUCUCGUUCUCUUUUCUCUCUGUCUCUUUAUGUCUUGUUUUUUCUUGUUUAUAUAUAAUCGUAUAUAUAUUUAUCUGCUGCAUGUUACUCUUUCUUUGGUCCUCCGACCAUCUCUCUUCCUUAAAGCGUUUCUGACAUGUUUUUUUGUAUAUCUGAUUGCUUUUUGUACCGUUUCAUCUAUAAUUCACCUCUCUCAUCAUCUGAUACACUGGUGCUAUUACAUCACUUCCUCUGCCACCAUAGGCCGGCCCCUCAAAGUAGCCCCCUGCACACUUCUUUUACUGAGAGCUAAAUUUACCACUAGUAUUUUUAGCCAUUGAAUCACAUACAUGCUCUUUCUCACCUUCAACACAAGUUCAUUUUCCGUCCAAUGAAAUUGCUCCAUCCAUCCUUCCACAAACACAAACUAACAUUCAUGUUUGAUCUCACGUAUUGCAUCAUGCACAUUCAGAGCCUUCCCAAGAAUCCAGAGCCGCAGAAGUGGUUUGUUUUCUCAUUUAAAGAGUGUUAGUGUGUCUGUUUGUGUGUGUUCGCUCUGACUGCAGUGACUGAAAUCCAGAAAAUGACGUCGAUACUGUUGGCAGAGAGACAUACAAACACGCAUCCAGAGUAACCGAACACUCAAAGCCAAAUUCUCACGUCUGUCUGCAUAAGCUGUUGUCUGACAAAUAGACGAUUAUUUUUACACGUGUAAUUGGAGACCGAUCUCUCUUCUUCGCUCGCUCUUACUUUCCCCCUCUGUGUUUUAUACGGCUGUCACAUGACGGACAGACAAACACAUAGGGCUCGGCCACCCCAUAAGCCCCAUCACAAAUCAUAGUUUGACUUCACCUCCUUCUAAACCUCCUCUUCUCUAACUUCGCAAACGCUCAUCCACCACAACUUCUUCUCAUUCCCUGUUUGUGCUGGUCAGAAAACCACAGUGUUCUCUCCUGCCCCCUGCUGCCCACAGGAAAUUUUCAUUCGGCCAUAUCGUCACAACAACGACAAAGGAAAUUUAGCUAGCUCUCUGCUGAUUUUGAAAGAUUUGUGUUUCUCCAUGCUUUUGCAUAUGUAUGUUUUUAUUAUCUGUCAACAUGUUUGGGGAACAAAAAAAGAAAUGAAACAAAAAACAUAAUUCUAGAAAUAUUCACAAUGUCAUUGCAGGUAAAUUUGCAAUGGCGAAGAUGUGCAGUAGCAUCCUGGUACUGUUUGUGUGUUGGAAGCAGAAAUGUAAUAUAAUUUAAUUAUGUUUAAUAAUAUUUCUGAACUUUCUGUUGACUGACGUGACAGGAAUCAUGUGGUUGUAUUUCUAUAAAGGAAUGGUUAUCAUCGGGGCAUUGGGAUGAUGAAGGAAGUUUUAAUAGGAAAAACGAAUAGGAUGUGCGAUGAGAAACACUUGGACGGUAUUCAUAUUUGGAUAAAAUUCAGAGUCAAAGUCCAACAAACAUCUCAAUCUCAUAGGAUGUGCCUUUCUUUCCAAGUCUUCUUGUUUAUACUUGUUCAAUGUGAGCCAGAGAUGGGCUCUCACCUGUUAGUCUUGGAAAUACUGUAGAAUUGCGAGGGCUUGUGGGAAAUAAUGUGUUUGUUAACCUACAGACAGAUGCUUUUUAUGCAUCUCAGAGUAAAUGUCGAACAGCCACAUGGUACCUGCCAUUAAACUGUGUUUAAAUAUCGAGGAAUUUUCACGUUGUAUGUAUUGUGCACCUGCAUUGGUGCAGGUCUGGGUAACCAUCCUCUCUUCAAACAUAAUGUAAAACUUCUAAUUAUUUUUUUAUGUUUAUUUUGACUUUAACCUGGCUAACGUUGGUUUUCUGUAUAAUGACUUGUUGUAAAAAGAAAAUACUUUCACAAGUAAUUUCAAAUAAUUUCAGAAAAAUGUCAAUAAAAAGCGGAAUCCCC